AUGCCAAAGUCAAUUUCUUCUCAAAAAACUUUAGGAAAGCAUUUCCAUUUACAAGGAAUAGAUGCUACUCAUUUACAACCAAUCGCGAUACAUAGUUCUUUAGUUCAAAAUGAACCACAAAAACAAAAGCCUGUUAGUCCUCCACCAGCUUUAAUUUUACCUUUUCCACCACAAAUAAAUGUAGAAGAUUUAAUGAACUGCAAAACUCGUAAACUCCCUUCGAAACCUCCAAAUGCUUUCUUUAUUUAUCGUAAAGUAUAUACAAAAGAAUUGGUUGCCCAAAAUCUUAGAUUUAAAAUGACUGAUGUUUCUCCUUGGUUAAACUCUACUCAAGUCGAUAAUAUUAAUACUAACUCCGAUACCAGUUAUGAUUCAAACUCUUCAUCGGAUUCUCCUUCUCCACCUUUGGAUCCUCAACCUUUACCAUCUUCGUUAUAUUGGAUGUUACCUACCGAAUCAGAUUUG